CAGCAGAGUUCAUCACACAAUGAGGUCCUGGGCACAGACUCUCCUUCUCUCCUGCGUCUGCCUGACGAGCAGCAUUCUGGCCACGGAUGCAGACCGGCUCCAUCUUUCCGGCCAGCGGUCUCGACGCACCGUGGGCGGCUUGGUGGCGCCCCACAUCCCAUGGCAGGUCAUGGUCUAUCUGGGGGACACCGCCUUCGACGGCGGCUAUGCGGGGGGGGCGCUGAUCUCAGACCGCUGGGUGCUGACUGCCGCCAGGAACCUCUUUGUCAACAAGACUCGACCACCCCCAGCGUAUCCGAACGACAGCUGGGAGAAACACUCCAUCCCAAAGGUGUAUGUGGGCAUCACCGACCGUGUUCUGGCCAAUUCCUCCAACCAGGCAGAGGUGGAGAAGGUGGUGCUGCAUCCAGACUUCCGAAAGACCAACGUCUGGGAAAAUGACCUGGCUCUGAUUAAGCUUAAGGAGCCUGUGACCUUCGGUGAGACCGUGACGCCAAUUCCCCUGCCGGAGCGGGGUGAUGACGUCGCGGAGACAGAGGGGAUGCGUGGCGUUUUAGCUGGAUGGGGGUGGGGUGCUCUCUUAACCCCUGCCAAUCAGCUGAAGUACAUAAUCCUGCCCGUGGCGAAGCACGAGGCCUGUAGGCAGGAGUACGAGGGCAGGAGCGACGGCCCCAAAGUGGACGAGAAGGUGUUUUGCACCAGUACCAGUGCCUUCCACGAGAACGUGUGCUUCGGCGAUGCGGGCGGCGCUUUGGCGGUCCAGGACGCCGCCACCGGAAGGGUGUACGCUGCCGGAAUCCUCUCUUACGAUAAAACUUGCACGAUAAGGAAACACGCCGUAUAUGCGAAGCUGUCGGCCUACGUGCCCUGGAUCUACAGCGUCAUGCGGGGCGAUUCUGAAACCCUCUCAGAGCAGCGCAACAAACUCAUGAACUACUUAUAUUCAAAGCAGUGAGCCAGUCGCCAUUAAACUGAGUAUAGCGGUACCACUUCUCCAAAGUGGUUCUCCAAACGCAUCAUAGCAACAAUACUCCAAUCUCAAUCCGCAUUGACCAAAUAACACAAAUGGAAACAGUGAGAUCACUUAAUGAGUAUGUAAUGUGAAGGGGCCUUCUUCGUCACCUUCAGUCCUGUGAGUAUCAUACAACUAAGCUGCUUUCU